UACGACCGUCAAAGAAGAUAGCGAGGAAAACGAAAGAGAUGGCUCUAUGUAAAUACUGCCUAGUUACAAACACAGCAUCCAUACACAUACACUCCUGUUCUCUCACUGCACACAGUACAAGGGAAGACUACUGGAGAUAAAACAGAAGUAUAUUUAUUGUUAUGUCACCAAGGAAGGACAACAAAAGGAUAGACAUUGGAGGAAUGAGUAACACCCUAAACCAGCACUAUGAGGACAAGGUGCGUCCAUACAUUGAUCUUGUGGACAAUCUAAGGUCACUGGGAGUGGAGAAGGACCUGAAUUUGCCAGCUAUUGCUGUUAUAGGUGAUCAGAGUUCUGGAAAGAGCUCUGUACUGGAGGCCCUUUCAGGGGUGGCCUUGCCUAGAGGCACAGGUAUUGUGACCCGCUGCCCUUUGGUUCUGAAACUAAAGAGAGUUGAAAAAGGUGCCCCAUGGUCUGCAGUUCUAACAUACAAGGACCAAGUAAAGAUACUUCAAAGGCCAAAAGAUGUGGGAAGUGCUGUUUCAAGUGCUCAGAAUGUCUUGGCUGGAGAGGGGAAGGGAAUCAGCCAGCAGAUGAUCUCUCUAGAGAUCAAAUCCAGUGAUGUUCCUGAUCUCACCCUUAUUGACCUACCGGGCAUUGCCAGGGUGGCAACAGGUGAUCAGCCAUUGGACAUCGAGAAGCAGAUAAAAGAUCUCAUUGAGAAAUUUAUUAAGAGACAAGAAACUAUUAGCUUGGUGGUUGUGCCUGCAAACAUUGACAUUGCCACCACUGAGGCACUGAAGAUGACAAGCAAAGUGGAUCCAAAUGGACAACGGACCCUGGGCAUCCUUACCAAGCCUGACUUAGUGGAUAAAGGUGCAGAGGAGAGUGUUGUAAACACAGUAAAUAACCAUGUGAUCCCACUGAAGAAGGGCUACAUGAUUGUGAAGUGCCGUGGCCAGCAAGACAUAAAUGAGGAUCUCAGUCUGUCUAAAGCUCUCCUGAAAGAGCAAGUCUUUUUUCAGAACCAUCCACAUUUCAGACCUCUCUUGGAGGAAGGGAAAGCCACAGUGCCUUUGCUUGCAGAGAGACUGACCAGGGAACUGGUAGAACACAUUAAUAACUUACUCCCACAGUUGCACAAGCAAGUUGAGUACAAAUUGGACAAAACAUUUAAUGAGAUGAGAAAGCUUGGAGAUGGAGUUCCUCAAGAAGAAACUGAGAAAAACAAUUUUCUUAUUAGGAAAAUCAAUAACUUCAACCAAGUCCUUUCAGAUGUGAUGAGAGCAGAAGAAGACACCCAAAACUCAGAGCCCAAAGUUUUUACUAAAAUGAGGAAAGAGUUUGCAAAAUGGAAACAGCAACUGGAUAGCAAGGCUGUCAGACUUGAGGAAAACCUCCAGGAUGAAGUUGAAGAAUACACCCAUAACUGCAGGGGAAAGGAACUCCCUGGAUUUGUUAAUUACAGAACGUUUGAAAACAUUGUGAAGAAACAUAUACAGGAAAUGGAGGAACCUGCUACAGAGUUACUGAAAGACAUCAGUGGCAUUGUUCACUCCUGUGUGAACAAGGUGGUCAGCUCCCAUUUUGAGGCCUUUCCCAACCUGCUGAGGGCGGCUAAAGAACCGAUUGAGGAUCUGCUUGAGCAGGAGCAUGGAAAAGCUCUAGAGAAAAUACAAUCUCAAUUUAAAAUGGAGAAGAUUGUCUAUUCACAAGAUGGCCUCUAUAGUCACAGGCUACAGGCUGUCAAACAGAAACCACAAGUAAUCAGGAUGUUGAAUGCUGAUGUCAGGGAAAUGGCUCAGCACCUAAAUGCCUAUUUCCUGAUCACCUCUGACCGUCUUGCCAACCAAGUGCCCCUCAUAGUGCAAUACCAUGUGCUGGACCAGUACUUCUCUCGGCUUCAGGCCUCCAUGUUGAGCAUGAUCGGAUGUGAGAAUGCCAUGAAACUUAUCCGAGAGGAUUCUGGUGUAGCUCAGCGUAGGAAGAGUUUGAAGGACCGAUUGGAGCGUCUAAGAAGAGCACGCCAGCUCUUGGCCAAGUUUUUACUGUCUGUCUCAUAACUCAACUGUAAUAGUAAGCAUUGUUAGAAGAGAUCUGUUUUAGUUUUACUAAAUAAUUUAGAAUCUUUAGAAUGAUUUUAAGAAAAGAGCAUUCCUGUUUUGUUAGAGUUAGCUAAAACACAUUAAAUACAUGUUAACAUAAAAUGUUAUUUAAAAGUCAUUAUAUAGAAUCAGUUGUAGAAUUUUUGUUUAUUUUGAUUUUUUCAUUCUCAUUGUUUAAUGAGUGAAUUGCAUAUAUCACUAUUGUAUUUAAAUAAUUAUCUAAGAUUUUUUGUAGUGUGGACAAUAAAAAGCUCAA